GACCAGUUGGCGCGUCUCGCUGGCCUCUGGGCUGCCCAGCCUCUGUGGGCUUUGGUCCCAGGCACUGUCCUGCCAGUGUUGGCUCCAGGGUGCGUGGCCCUUCUGCUGGCGCUUGCUCAGCGUCCCAUGCCUGCUGGCCCCGGGCAGCGUCCAGCUCUCGCCUGGCAUCCCAUGCCUGCUGUGCCGUUGGUGGUUGCGUGAGGUCCGUGUCUGCCAAUGGAUGUGACCAGGCGGUUCUGGGACGUGGUGCUUGUGGAGUUGUGGGCUGAGUGGGAGAGUGUCUUGCCCAUGCCUGCUGUCCCCACAGGCCUUGCCUUGAGCAGGUGUCCUUCGUUGGGGAGAUCGGUUGACUCAUGGGACUGACCAAGUGGACUUGAGGUUCAGGGUUAAAAUGAAGGCCGGCGCUGCCCUGGGCUUUCAGGGGCCACCAUUAGAGGCGAGGGCAGUGGGUGGGAGCUGCCGGGAGCUGUGUUCUUGUUGCUGUCUUGUUUGCAACUGAAGGUUCCAAAGGUCGAGGCCUGAGGGCCAUGCCGUGUCUAUGGGCACCAUGGCCUGAGUUGUCCAGGAUAGGUGGUCUUGCAGGGGAGGGCUGCUGUGUGACCUGGCCACUGAACAGGAGAGGUCUAUCCCCCUUCCAAGCUCCAGGAGGCGGGCUGGCCAGGAGGCUGAGGCCCGGUGCGUCCUUCUCCCCAGUUCACAGGUCUGGGUCCUGGUCGGGGGAGCAACCCCAGCAUCACUGCAGGAGUGGCAGAUGGUUAGCAGAGCUGGACAUCACCACUUGUCCCCAUCCAGCCUUGCAUGGCCCUCUCUGCCAGCUGCCCUGGGCUGGCGUUGCCUGUGGCUGCCACCACGGGUGGGGGACACUUGCAUCGUCUGUGGAGCUGGGGUGCCACUGACUGCUGGCUGGGGCUGGCUCCUGUCCUUCCUUGCACUGAGCGAGAGUCUGCCCUGUGUUGCCUUCCCUGCCUCCUUGUCUGGGUGACUUACUUUGAAGCCCCAGGAUAGGGAAACAUCUUCGUGGCUGCACAGAGCCCGUGGUCCCCUGGAAGCUCUGUAUUUGGGCGGCCGGCGCUGUCAGCCGCCCCCCACAGCCUGCGCUAAGAUCCCUAGUAAUUACAGGCAGGCGGGCAUGGAGCUGGCACCGGCCUCCAACGCACUUCCACCUCCCGCGAGCGCUGAUUCAUUCCUGGCCCCUGGUGGUUCCUGUACAGCUGCACGAUGACUCGAGGGGCCUCAACCCAGAGGCAGAAGGGGAGGCUGAGAAGGGACCCGUUUGGCUCUGUGACUGCGGGGGCUCGAUCUCUGCUGCCCAUGGAUGCCUCCGACCAUCAUGGAGCAGUUCAACCCUAGCCUCCGGAACUUCAUCGCCAUGGGGAAGAAUUACGAGAAGGCGCUGGCAGGUGUGACGUACGCAGCCAAAGGCUACUUUGAUGCCCUGGUGAAGAUGGGGGAGCUGGCCAGCGAGAGCCAGGGCUCCAAAGAACUCGGAGACGUUCUUUUCCAGAUGGCUGAAGUCCACAGGCAGAUCCAGAAUCAGCUGGAAGAAAUGCUGAAGUCUUUUCACAACGAGCUGCUCACGCAGCUGGAGCAGAAGGUGGAGCUGGACUCCAGGUACCUGAGUGCUGCGCUGAAGAAAUACCAGACUGAGCAGAGGAGCAAAGGCGAUGCCCUGGAUAAGUGUCAGGCUGAGCUGAAGAAGCUUCGGAAGAAGAGCCAGGGCAGCAAGAAUCCUCAGAAGUACUCGGACAAGGAGCUGCAGUACAUCGAUGCCAUCAGCAACAAGCAGGGCGAGCUAGAGAAUUACGUGUCCGACGGCUACAAGACCGCACUGACGGAGGAGCGCAGACGCUUCUGCUUCCUGGUGGAGAAGCAGUGCGCUGUGGCCAAGAACUCCGCGGCGUACCACUCCAAGGGCAAGGAGCUGCUGGCGCAGAAGCUGCCGCUGUGGCAACAGGCCUGCGCUGACCCCAGCAAGAUCCCAGAGCGCGCCGUGCAGCUGAUGCAGCAGGCGGCCAGCAACGGCGCCACCCUCCCCAGCGCCCUGUCGGCCUCCAAGUCCAACCUGGUCAUUUCGGACCCCAUUCCGGGGGCCAAGCCCCUGCCGGUGCCCCCUGAGCUGGCACCGUUCGUGGGGCGGAUGUCUGCCCAGGACAGCACGCCCAUCAUGAACGGCGUCGCAGGCCCGGAUGGCGAGGACUACAGCCCGUGGGCUGACCGCAAGGCUGCCCAGCCCAAAUCCCUGUCUCCUCCGCAGCCUCAGAGCAAGCUCAGCGACUCCUACUCCAACACGCUCCCCGUGCGCAAGAGCGUGACCCCGAAAAACAGCUACGCCGCCACUGAGAACAAGACUCUGCCUCGCUCGAGCUCCAUGGCAGCCGGCCUGGAGCGCAACGGACGCAUGCGGGUGAAGGCCAUCUUCUCCCACGCUGCCGGGGACAACAGCACCCUCCUGAGCUUCAAGGAGGGUGACCUCAUUACUCUGCUGGUGCCUGAGGCCCGCGAUGGCUGGCACUACGGAGAGAGUGAGAAGACCAAGAUGCGGGGCUGGUUUCCCUUCUCCUACACCCGGGUCCUGGACAGCGACGGCAGUGACAGGCUGCAUAUGAGCCUGCAGCAAGGGAAGAGCAGCAGCACCGGCAACCUCCUGGACAAGGACGACCUGGCCAUCCCACCCCCCGACUACGGCGCCGCCUCCCGGGCCUUCCCCACCCAGACGACCAGCGGCUUCAAGCAGAGGCCCUACAGUGUGGCUGUGCCCGCCUUCUCCCAGGGCCUGGAUGACUAUGGAGCGCGGUCCAUGAGCAGGAAUCCCUUCGCCCAUGUCCAGCUGAAGCCGACAGUGACCAACGACAGGUCUGCCCCUCUCCUCAGCUGAUGGCCACAUCUGCGGCGCUGCCCAUCCGGCGGCUUCCCCCGCCCUGCCCAUGCAGCCUGUUCUGUCAUCCUCUGUGCGUUCCUGUUAAGAGAACAUCCAGGCCCCAGCUGCCUGGCCUUGCCCCACUUGAGUCUGGCCUGGGCUGGAUCCCAGCUGUUCUGGGCAGGUCUGGGCACAGGGGGGCGCAGGCCCCUGAAGGGCCGAGACCCACUGGCUGCGCUGCCCAGGGCCAAGGGGCCACCUCUUGAGGGUAUACACCUCUGGUCACAUGGCCAGGGAGCCCUGGGGUGCCCCUGGGUCAAGGGAGGACAUUUGGUCAGCUGGUGGCUGGGAGGGGAGCCCGGCUGCCCUGCUGCUUCUCCUGCCUAAUAAACAGGCUCCUUCUGCA